GUUUACCUGCGAGAGUGGGCAGUGACUAUAGAUGUACCCAUCCUGUCAGUGGACUACUCCUUGGCGCCGGAGGCACCGUUCCCCAGGGCACUAGAGGAAUGCUUCUAUGCAUUUGCCUGGGCUGUACAAAACUGUGCUCAGUUGGGAUCAACCGGAGAGAAGAUUAUCCUUGUUGGAGACAGCGCUGGAGGCAACUUAGCCAUCUCAACUGCCAUGCGAGCUGUUUCCUUUGGCAUCCGUCCUCCAGACGGCAUUCUGCUAGUCUACCCUUGCACCGUGGCCAGGUACACACCAUCACCAGCCAGGCUCCUCAGUUUAAUGGACCCUAUAUUGCCAGUUGGGCUUGUUACUAGAUGUCUUGCAGCUUAUGCUGGUAUUGAUGAGCAACAGCCAAUGGCAUCACCUCGGAUGGAUGAUGUGCACUCGGAGCGGAGCCUCACUAGCAUACAGCUGAAGUCGUACGAAGUUGCAGACAAUGACUGGGUCAUGAUUUCUCAGGGUGAGGAAGCAGUUACCAUACUGGAGUCACCAGACUCAGCAAACAACACCCCAGUAGAGAGCAUGACCGGACCCAGGGCUUGCCAGCAUGCAGGACCAGACCCAGCUGGACCCAGGGCUUGCCAGCAUGCAGGACCAGACCCAGCUGGACCCAGGGACCAUCAGCACACUCCAUCAGACCUGGCUGUUGAAAAAACGGAACAGAGUGCUACGCCUGAUUCUGAACGUGAGAUAUUUUGUCAGCUUGAAUGUGAGGGCAGUGUUGCAUUUCCUUGUGGUCAGGGAAGGAUAACUUCUGCUGUAGAGGGCAGCAAGACAACAUCAGCAUGUUCUGACCAGGUUAUGGACAGACAUGAAGAUAAUGCAAAUGUUAAUCGAAGUGAAAUUAAAGUCAAACCGGGCACUGGGAAAGAAUCUAAUCCAAAACUAGCAGGACUGAGUAAGCUGCAGGAAAGAGCUCGGAUGGUGGUCGAAGGUGCUCAGAGCAUGUUCAGCAAAGUGUCCUCAUAUAUUCCAGCAAGCCGUGAUGUGUCGGCUCAAAAUGUUAUCAGCUCAUUGUCUUCUUUCUUGCCUGUUAGUAAUGCUGCGACUACAGGGUUUACUGCAGACACAGCAUCUUGUCAACAGCUUGUAGAUACGGCACCUAGAAAACAGUUUUUGGGACAAUCAGCUAAUCAACAGUCUAAAGAGACAUCAGUUAGUAAACAGUGUGGAUAUACAGCAGCUAGGGAACAGCUUGCAGGGCAAGCAGCCAGUCAACAGCCUGUAGAUAUAGCAGCUAGGAAACAGCCUGCAGACACAGCAGCUAACUUACUCUGUGAUCCAGAAUUGUUAAGCCCAUUGGAUGAGAUCUCACUAGAUUCUGAUAUUGCCAUGGUUACCUCAUCAUUUCAUACAUCCUCCUCCUCGCAGGCCUUUGACACUGCCUUCUCGUCUCCAUUUUCUCCGUCUCUACCAGAGUCUAAAUCCUGGGACAACUGGGAGUCCAUCUCGCCCUCAGAUGCAUCUUCCACAAACUAUGGAGGUCACUUAGUUACCAGCAUUCCUGGGACUCCACCAGUGGUAGACUCAGUCUGUGAUCCUGAGGGUAGAUUACCUUCAAUCUUUGAUCCUCAGGACAGAUUACCUCCAGUCUGUGAUCCUGAGGACAGAUUACCUCCAGUCUGUGAUCCUGAGGACAGAUUACCUCCAGUCUGUGAUCCUGAGGACAGAUUACCUCCAGUCUGUGAUCCUGAGGACAGAUUACCUCCAGUCUGUGAUCCUGAGGACAGAUUACCUCCAGUCUGUGAUCCUGAGGGCAGAUUACCUUCAAUCUCUGAUCCUCAGGAAAGAUUACCUCCAGUCUGUGAUCCUGAGGACAGAUUAUCUUCAGUCUGUGAUCCUGAGGGCAGAUUACCUUCUGUCUCUGAUCCUCAGGACAGAUUACUUUCAGUCUGUGAUCCUGAGAACAGAUUACCUUCAGUCUGUGAUCCUGAGGACAGAUUGCCUUCAGUCUGUGAUCCUGAGGACAGAUUGCCUUCAGUCUGUGAUCCUGAGGACAGAUUACCUUCAGUCUGUGAUCCUGAGGACAGAUUGCCUUCAGACUGUGAUCCUGAGGACAGAUUGCCUUCAGACUGUGAUCCUGAGGACAGAUUACCAUCAGACUGUGAUUCUGAGGGCAGAUUACCCUCAGCCUGUGAUCCUGAGGACAGAUUACCUUCAGCCUGUGAUCCUGAGGGCAGAUUACCCUCAGUCUGUGGCGGUAACAGAUUACCCUCAGUCUGUGGCGGUAACAGAUUACCUGCAGACAAGAGUACAGAUGCUCAACUGGCUGUACUUGAUGAGACUGUGGUUGCCACCCAUUUUUCUGGCGGUGAGCUCUGCAUGGAGUCUCCUGUAGAUUGUGACAGCUGUUACAUUGGUGGUAGCUAUGAAGACAGCUGUCCCCUGUCUGAGACAGUAAACAAAGACAGCAGUCACCUGUCUGAGACAGUAAACAAAGACAACAGUCACCUGUCUGAGACAGUAAACAAAGACAGCAGUCACCUGUCUGAGACAGUAAAUAAAGACAACAGUCACCUGUCUGAGACAGUAAACAAAGACAGCAGUCACCUGUCUGAGACAGUAAAUAAAGACAGCAGUCACCUGUCUGAGACAGUAAACAAAGACAACAGUCACCUGUCUGAGACAGUAAACAAAGACCGCAGUCUCCUGCCUGAGACAGUAAACAAAGACCAGGUUAACAGCAGUAACCUAGAGACUGGUAUCUGCCAUCUCAAGGACAGACCUAGAAAACCAAGCUCACUGGAUCUUAAAAAGACAACAGGACCACAUCUUGCAGGGUUGGGGACUCUACCUGCUAGGUCCCCCUCUGUGUCACACGGGGUGGCUGUACCAUCUGCCAGACAGGGAACCAGGUCCAGCUUGCCAUCGUCUCCAGCUGUGUCUAGAUCUGACGGAUUUCUGCGACAUGCAUCACUGCCAUCACUGACCUCUUUGUUCAGUACUGGACAUUCUCAAACCAAGAAGGCAUCAUCAGCCACAUGUUUUCAUCAUGACCUCAAGACAGGUGUGUCGCCCUCAGACUUUGUGAAGCAGAACUUUACCUGUCACAGCCCCUUACACAGUUUGCGGAGAGCUGCUGUUGUCAACAACCCCUACAUGUCACCUUUACUGGCUCCAGAUGAACUUUUGAGGGACCUCCCCUUGGUUUCCAUUGUGGCUUGUCACCUGGACCCCCUUCUAGAUGACUCGAUUAUGUUUGCACGACGUCUUCAUAACCUGCAGGUUUCUGUCAACCUUCACCUUGUUGAUGAUCUUCCACACGGGUUCCUCAACUUUGCCUUGAUGAGUGUAGAGGCUAAACAAGCUGCAGAUCUGUGCGGUCGCCAGCUCCUAGAGAUGUUACAGUGCAGCCAUGUUUGA